AUGGCCUUCUCAUCGUCGUUGCAGCUGGCGCUGCUUGUCGCCCUCGUCCUGUCCACCCUGGCGCCCGCCGCUCUCGCGGCCGGCAGCAAGGCCACCCGCAUCCGCCUCUACAUCCACGAGAGGUUCGAGGGCGCGAACGCGACGGUGGCGUCGCCGCUGCUGCGGUCCCCGCUGGGCGGCAACACCACCUUCGGCGAGCCCGGCGUGAUCGACGAUGAGCUCCGCGCAGGCCCGCACCCUGGGUCCGACCUCGUCAGCAGAUUCCAGGGCUUCUUCGUCGGCACGGACCGGGCCGGGCCGAGCUACCUGUCCACCGCCACACUCGUGUUCACCGCCGGGGAGCGCCGUGGGAGCACGCUGACGGUGCAGGGCCAGUACCAUUUCGACUUCGACGGCGCCCCCGUGGAGCGCGCCGUCGUGGGCGGCACGGGGGAGUUCAGGAUGGCGCGCGGGUACUCUGCCAUGAAGGUCGUCAGCGCGCCGACGCCGAAGACGGUCGUGUUCAGGAUCGAUCUGUUCGUGCUCCUGCCCCGCCCCGGCCACUACUUCUAGGCAAAAAGUACUGGAUCCGAUCGUCGGGUUGCUCUCCAUCUAUCCGAUCUUCUCGAAUUUUUUUCUUACA